AUGAUCGUAAAAUAAGUUCAAUAGCAGAUUACAACUGAAGUGAAAUAACCGGUGAUAAUGCCAAUACUUUUUUAGAUCACUUUCAGAGUUAAAUUAUCUUUCCAAAUUAGUUUCUCACAAAGUUUGACUUGUAGAGAAGUUCAAGCUUGGGUACUUUUCAAAGUAGUAUCAAAAUGAAAGCAAAAGUUUGGACUAUGCGUGCGCAUUCAACUUCCACUUCCCAGUUUAUGUCAGACUGAGCGCAUCAUCUGUGUCAGUUUCAAAUUGACUUUCAUUCUGGCGCCAUUCAAAAGUUUCAGUCAGCUCUAGCGAAAAUUAGCCGGCUAUGGGAGAACAUAACCUGGCUUUUGAAAGCGCUUCAACGAAAGGUCUCGACACACUAACCCUUGAUGGCGAAAAUUUGAGAACCAUAAUAAAUGGAAAUCACAAAACUAAAGAUGAGAAGACCACUGAUAUUACGUAUGGUGUCAAUGACAUUCCACCAUGGUAUUUGUGCAUAUUCAUGGCAUUACAGCAUUACUUGACAAUGAUAGGAGCAAUCGUCUCGAUUCCGUUCAUUUUGACUCCUGCCCUGUGCAUGGCUGAAGAUGAUCCGGCCAGGGGGCACAUCAUAUCCACCAUGAUUUUUGUGACUGGCAUAGUCACUUUCUUCCAAGUCACAUUUGGCUGUAGGUUGCCAAUAGUACAGGGUGGCACGAUAUCGUUUCUGGUUCCGACGUUGGCGAUUUUGAAUUUGCCGCGCUGGCAGUGCCCGGCUCCGGCCGUGUUGGAGGCGAUGAGCUUCGAGAACCGCACCGAGUUGUGGCAGGUGAGGAUGCGGGAGCUGUCUGGUGCCAUAGCCGUGUCAGCACUUGUCCAGGUCUUCAUCGGAUUUUUCGGUGUUAUGGGUUUACUUUUGAAGUUCGUGACACCGUUGACGAUAGUGCCAACCGUUUCGCUGGUAGGUCUCUCGUUAUUCGAGAAUGCAGCUGAAGCCGCUUCCCAGCACUGGGGCAUUUCUGUAUGCACAAUUAUUAUGCUAACAGUAUUCUCGCAGUGUUUAACUAAUGUGAAAGUACCUGGAGUCAAAUACAAGAAAGGAAUUGGAUUCCACAUAACCUGGUUUAAUCUCUUCAAACUGUUUCCGGUGCUACUGACCAUAUUGAUAAUGUGGGGUGUUAGCGGCUUAUUAACCUAUUACGAUAUUUUCCCUAAGGGUCAUCCAGCAAGAACUGAUGUCAAAAUAUCGAUUAUUGAAGACUCUUCAUGGUUUCGUGUGCCUUAUCCAGGACAAUGGGGAAUGCCAACUGUGAGCGCAUCUGGUGUGCUUGGAAUGUUAGCUGGAGUUUUGGCAUGCACUGUUGAGUCUAUAAGCUACUAUCCAACGGUAGCCAGAAUGUGUGGUGCCCCUCCGCCACCCGUGCAUGCGAUUAAUAGAGGCAUUGGAACUGAGGGCCUGGGCACAGUUUUGGCGGGACUUUGGGGAAGCGGAAACGGAACUAAUACAUUCGGAGAAAAUGUUGGAGCCAUUGGUGUAACAAAGGUUGGCAGUAGGCGUGUUAUCCAAUAUGCGUGUGUUUUGAUGCUACUGCAAGGAGUUAUCAACAAAUUUGGUGCUGUUUUCAUAAUAAUACCAGAGCCAGUUGUCGGAGGCAUAUUUUGUGUGAUGUUUGGAAUGAUAACUGCUUUUGGGUUAUCGGCUUUACAGUAUGUUGAUUUGAACUCUUCAAGGAACUUGUACAUAAUUGGAUUCUCAAUGUUUUUCUCUUUGGUGCUACCAAAAUGGAUGGUUGCGCAUCCUGGUGUGAUACAAACGGGGACCGAAGUGCUGGAUAGCAUAGUCACUGUUCUGCUCAGUACAAGCAUUCUUGUCGGCGGAGCGAUCGGUUGUCUGCUCGAUAAUCUAAUACCCGGUACACCAGAAGAGAGAGGCCUGAUAGCUUGGGCCAAUGAAAUGAAACUGAGUACGGAUUGUGCUGAACAAGAUGAUGACGAUGGUACCUACAAUUUUCCCGUUGGAAUGGCAUUUGUGAGAAGGUGUAAAAUCUUCAAGCAUAUUCCUUUUAUGCCAACUUAUCAGCCGUCUUCAUGAUAACAAGGAACCUAUCAUAAUGUACAUAAGUGUAACAUUCUUGUAGGGUACCAGUUCCAUAAUACUGUAUUUUACUUCCUAUAUCUUAAAUAAUUUAAAAGUUUGGUAAACAAGACAAGUUAUUAUCAAUAAUUGGUUUCAUGAAGCAAAUUAUUUCACCAAAAGCGAUUAUAUUUAUUAUAUUUGUUCAAACCACUUGUCUUUUCCUAGCUAUUCACACUUACCUGUGAUUAUUGUAUACUCUGGUUUACUUAGGUUUUUCAGCAGGUGAAAUUGUAUUCUAUAAUACAAUACAAAAUAAAAUGGCUUGCUUAAUAUAAGAUUAAAAUAAUGCCCAGUUUCUCCAGACUCAAACGGUAAGAUUACCAGCUGACAAAGGUAACUCUACAGUAGUUAUGGACAAAACCGUAUACAACGAACAUCUUGUUCCAAAUUUCGUGAAAAUCGUUAAAGCCAUUUUCGAGAUCCGUUGAACAUAAAUAACCAGAUAACCAGAUUACAAAAAUAGCCAGAUAAAAAAAUAUAAACAGACGUAUACAGAAAUAGCUCGCUUAAUAUAAUAGGAUCAUAUAAUUAGGUCAUGUCAGAGGCCCUGAAAUUGAUCAAUCAGAGAAUUUCACACUCAAGGAAGUUCAUCUAGCUUCAUUUUAGUUCAGUUAGUCAUGUCGCUAAAAUGCAUUGUUUUCAAGAUACAUGGGUGAAAUCCGGAAAUGGAAAACGCAACUUUUAAACCACCCUCAUCCCUUUAGCACAAGGGGUAGGGAUGAGGACUUUUGAUAUGUUUACCUUCCAACUAGUCCAAACAAAGCUGCGAAGUCAAAUAUUGUGUUGCAAUCGUUCCCUCCAAGUUUCCCUGUGAAAUGAUCUAUUGUUGUUAAACUGAAGAUUUUACACUCAACACUAUAACGGCUGCAUCAAUCGUAGGGAGAUGCUUAAAAUAAUACAUGAAAUUGAAGAGAAUAUAAUGCUCUAUGAGCUCAUGAUUAGCACGGAUUUUUUCAAUCAAUCAUUAAAAAGAUAUAAUGCCAGAAAUAUGAAAAAAUCGGAUCCGGAAGGGAUUUCUUAAAAAUGUGACACCUUCGAGAGCUCAAACCUAGAAAACUAGAAGAGAUAUGGAAAAAUGUUACAAAUGGAACUUGUAGGCUAAUUCAUAAGCUUUAAUUUUAUAUUCGACAAACAUUUCCGAAAGACACAUAUUGUCCGAGAUAUGUACAAAAAACAAAAUAUGGUACUUCUAUAAAACCACCCCCACUCACUAGCAGGGGUAGGAGUGAGGACUUUUGAUAUGUUUACCCCCUAACUAUUGUUAAAAGAGCUGCGGGGUCAAAAAUUGUGUUGCAAACUUUUUCUUCUAUACCUUUUUUGAGCAUUGGUUGCCUGGAAUAAUAAGAAUCGUAUUGCUGCUUGCAAGUUGUAGAAGGCAAUUUAAAAGAUUAUGGAAGCGUCUAUGGUAGAUUGUUUGUGUAAUUUGAAACAUUCUUUACAAAUAAAAUUUCAAUAUUGUGUCUCAAUUCAACAUUGGUUCAAUGGACAAAGUGCUACAUGAGAAAUCUGCCAAACUUAUAGGCUAUUACAGUCCCACUCUCACGAGAAAUACAAACAUAGGCUAUUAAAAAAUUGAUUCUAACUUCUCUUCAACA